GCGGCCAUUUAUAAUCAUGAAGCUACCGUCGGACUCGUCACUGCUCACUGAGCGCGCCGCUGCGUUCUAUGGUUUUAUCGCGUCGCCGCGGAGUCACGGAGUAGACCCAAUAUUAAUUUAGGUUGUAAAUUCAAAUGUGUCCUCGCUUGGAUGCCGGUUAGAAGGGUGGGGUUGCUGAAUAGGCUCCGAUUGCGCCUGCUCGGUGAGGAGUUGUUGUGGGGGUGUGUGCUGCUCCGAUAGUUUAAAUCCUACACAUGCGUACUGGAUUUCGGGGUUCAAGGGAAUAUACGCCAUAUUGGAAACACUGUAUAGUUUAGCUAACAGUUUAGCUAGCGGGGGGAAAAGAGCCACUAACUGAUUCCCGUUGUGGCGUUUGACACGUCGUUAUUUUCCCUGUCGUCUCGCGCAACCCAGUUUACAGGCACAUUCUCGCAGUCCGGACUCAAACUUAUCCGCUGAACGGGGGGAAAAGGCGUUUGUUUGUUUGACAGGGCUGUUAGAAAGACAAGUUGAAUGGAUCCGAGGGUCGCUUGGAUUCAGCCGGAACAGAAAGGUCCUGCGAACGCUUUAUGGAUGCGUGUGUGGGAAACGUCUCAGGUAAACCGGACUAGCACAGGUCAGCACCAGAACCACCAUCACCACAACAACCACCUCUGUGUCAAUUAUCCUGCGUAUGACGUUUAUAAGACUGUAGCGUCCAAUGCGAAUAACAGCACUAUCAUUAAAAACAACAGCACUGCGAUCCCGGGUAGCGGCUCUGUGGCUCACCCGUUAAAUGGAAACACGGGAGACGGCGAUAUGACCCAAAAGACCGGCUCGGUGGUGGAUUCGGCGUCCAGUUGCUCUAAAAUAAGGACUACAAGCGCUAAUGCGAUCGCUGGGAAUAAUAUGAACAAGGGCCAUCCAUUUUUUACUUGCAGCGAGAACGUGUUGAAUAAUGUCAACCAUCAGCACCAUCCUCCUCAUCUACGGCAUUUCAAUCAAGAGCAGCAUCAGCAGAGUUGCAUGAAGCGCCACCCGUCCCAUCCGGCAGCGAUUCACACCCACCAUCACCACCACCAUCAUCCAGGCCGGAGGAAAAGCGAUAAUAAGGCCAGCACCUAUGGGAUAAACUACUUGCUCUCCAACUGGACUAGUAACAGCAAUUAUGGGAACUCCGGCACGCCGUGGAAGACGAGGAAAUAUAACCCAGGGGUUGACGGGUUGCAUGAAGAAAUCAUGGACUUUUACAAUUUUAUGUCUCCUCGUCCUGAGGAGGCCACCAUGAGACAGGAGGUGGUGGACAGGAUAGAGUCAGUCAUCAAGGAGUUGUGGCCUACCGCUGAUGUCCAGGUUUUUGGCAGCUUUAGCACUGGACUCUUUCUCCCAACCAGUGACAUUGACCUGGUGGUGUUUGGGAAAUGGGAGAAACCUCCCCUGCAGCAGUUGGAGCAGGCCCUCAGAAAACACAGUGUGGCAGAACCCUAUUCAAUCAAAGUUCUCGACAAAGCUACGGUACCAAUCAUCAAACUGACAGAUCAGGAGACUGAGGUGAAAGUGGACAUCAGUUUCAACGUGGAGACGGGCAUCAAAGCUGCUAGCUUCAUCAAAGAAUAUGUGAAGAAGUAUACCGUGCUGCCUUAUUUAAUCUUCGUGCUGAAACAGUUCCUGCUACAGCGAGACCUCAAUGAAGUCUUCACAGGAGGAAUCAGCUCCUACAGUCUCAUACUGAUGGUCAUCAGCUUCUUACAGUUACACCCAAGAAUUGAUGCCAAGAAUCCCAACAUGAACCUUGGCAUUCUGCUCAUUGAGUUCUUUGAGCUGUAUGGAAGACACUUCAACUACCUGAAGACCGGCAUCAGGAUAAAGAAUGGUGGUGCUUACAUGGCUAAAGAGGACAUCAUGAAGGCCAUGAGUAAUGGCUACAGGCCCUCCAUGCUUUGUAUAGAGGACCCUCUUCUUCCAGGUACAAUUUACAAGCUAUUUAUUAAAAAAAAUGCUUUUGACUAUGCGUAUAUAAUACUGGGUCACGCCGUCUCACCUCUUGCACGUUCUUACCCCAACAAAGACAGUGACAGCACUUUGGGCCGCAUUAUUAAAGUCACCCAGGAAGUCAUUGACUACAGGGAGUGGAUCAUAAAGAAGUGGGGUGGCAGACACAACUCCCGCUUGGAGAGGACUCCAGGUCCAUCUCAUAAAGACUCAGUGGAUCAGGUGGAGACGGUCACGCUGCUGGGUGUAGGUGUGGAGGACCAGCAGCAGAGGGACUCUGUGUCCCCUCACAGCGCAGACUCUCCCAUGUCCCUGUCCAGCCCUCAACAGCACUCGUCUGCCUCUUCUGCGUCCUCGCUGUCAGGCAGCGAUAUCGACUCUGACUCCACACCGUAUGUCACUCCACCUGUAGCCCCCUUCCCUCUCCAGAUUCUGCCGCCGGGACCCCUGUCAUCAGCGCUUCAGAUGGGCACGGGCAAAGCCAGCAUCACGGCAGCACUCACCAUGCCUCCGGCCACCCAGGCGAGAGUGCCAAUCCCAGGCAAUCUUCCUCUCCACGCUCUACCUGGCAGACAGGUGUGUAUGGCAGAUGGACCACCCCCAUACCUCCACAUGCCCCCCCCUGCAGUCCCCCCAGCUCCCCCCAGCCCUCUACCCAGUCCCCACCAUCAUCCAAAGACAGGUCCCAAGUUCCCUCUGAAGGGCUUCCACAAUCCCGCCGUGGUGCACAGUCCCGUCCUUUCAAACCGAAACCACAUUCAGUACAACCGCAACACCUGGCGCCGCAGGAAGAGAGACAGUCUGCCAGCUAGCGUCAGCAGAUAAAGACGACGGCGCUCCCAUUGGUCCCAUCUUAAAACGAUGAGAACUCAUUUAGCCCUCCUACUGAUGGUGUGAGCACAGAGAGGCCAGCGGUUGAAACCCAGCUCCUCGUUCAGUAGUUGUGGUGAUGGUGGUGCUAAGUAGUUCAGUCUGCCACUGAAUCUGUGCAUGUAUAUGUUGAGACUUUUGUUUUUUGACCUGUGUAAUCUUCCUGAGGAAGCUUCGAGAACAGGAACUGUUUUUUCGGUCGUCUACUCCACAACUUCCAGGUUGACAGGUGAAACGUUCCUUUUUUGUGCGUGUUUCAUGCUUCACAUUUUUGGUCUAAACGUGACACCCUUCACUUGUGGGACGAACUAGAUUCAGUGGAUUUCAAGUGUUUGUUGUAUCGGGUGAGGAUGUGUGUGUGUGUGUGUCGCUGGCUUCAAAUUCUGCACUCAACAUGCUUCCAGAGACCCCCACCGUAUUGACUGUAUACAUCACGCAACCUUUACUUUUUUGUGCAAUAACUUCUUAAUUUCUGUAUUUUCCUUCACUCUGGAAACAUAUUUAAUUUCUUUUUUUUUUUUUUGAUUGUUUUUGUGUCCAGCCUUUUUGUUUGUCUGUUUGUUUUGUAAAAAUGUUUUUAUUUUUGUAAUGUUUUUAAUUUUGUUCAUCGUUUACAGAUCCUGUCAGACAGGCUCCUUGUGGGGGAAAAAAAAAGUCUGUUUUAAAAUAGUUUUUUGAGAGUUUAUAUUCCCUCUUCCCCGUUUUCUCGGCAUAAAUUGCACCUGGACGAGAGCAAGUUAAAGCAGCCAGUUUAGAUCUCGCAGAACGACUUUCCACUCUUUACCAACAGGUGUCGCCAUUUCUCACUUUCUGUGUUCCACAUUGAGCUUCAGAAUCUCAGCUGUUGCUUUUAUUUGUCUCGUUCGUUUGUGCCAUUGAGGCUGUUGGACUCGGGGUUUAUCAGAUUGAGCACUCGGUCCUAAUGCGCUUUCAUUUAUGUGUGUGUCUGUCCUUUUUAAGUCACUAUAGGUAAGUGUGAGACGUGAAUUAUUUUAGGGAAGCUCUAAUGAACGUGCGAGAGGACUCCAGAUCAGUGCAGCUUUAUGCAAGGUGCCCUUAUCGGACCUAGUUCGACUUCUGAACGGGCACCCGAAUCAGACUAGCGGAGAAAGGGAAUUUAUUUUGAUUCCUUUCUGGAAUCUUGACGUGCAUUUAUUGCCAGGUACUUGCGCUAAUAUAUGCCUUUUUGGUAAUAACCUAUUCGUGUACUGUAUUGAAUUGAAUUUUUUUUUGUGUUCCGUUUGUAUAUGGCACACUAAAACUGUAUUGCUGUUGCUCAGAACGUCACAGGCAUACAGGUUAUUGUUACUAUGCAAGUGGAGUUUUGAAAUCUCUUCCUGUGUCCCUCAUGAUGGCCAUUUGCUUGUAAAUCUUGUCAAGAAACUAAAUCUCGGAGAUCGACGCACAUGUGAACAGUUCCUGUAUGCGAGUUCAGACUGUUUUAAUGGUGGAAAAACACCUGGACGUCUUGUCUGGAGUUUUUGCAAUGCAAAUAUUUCCUCCUGGAGAUCAACCGGACUACAUUUACUGCUGUUACAACGCUACAACCAUGUCCUGCAGUCUAUAUUGAAUGACUUUGACUUGUGUGAUGUGUUUUACAAAGUCAUAUCUGAUACAGAGACUGUGGAUUGUCCUGAACUCUUGACUCACCCGCCUAUCAAUGCAAUAGCUAAUAGCAGUUUCUGCUUUUAGAUAGAACCAGCAUCUUUUGCGAAAUGAGUCAGACAUUGAGGCAACUCUCCCCCUCCUUUCAAAUAAGAACCUACUUCAUUGGUGAUU